AGCCUCUGAGCGGAUGGAGAGAGAGAGAGAGCGAGAGAGCGAGAGAGAGAGAAGACAACACCUCAUGAUCCGCUCUCGAGCACAUGCAGCAAAGAAGGCCUUUUCUAAACCGAGUGGACUGUGUCUGAAUUUAAAGCUCUCUGGUGCUGGACUGACAGGCCAGGAUGUCACGGAGGGACCAGAGGUUUCGGAGAGGGAUGAAGGGAAGGUGCUGCGACUGUGGCUGUAUCCUGUCUCACUGGUACUAUGAAAGAGAGGGACAGCUCUUCUGUAAGAAGCACUACUGGGCACGUUACGGGGAGCACUGCCACGGCUGCAAGGACACUAUCACCACUGGACUCAUUAUGGUGGCUGGAGAGCAGAAGUACCAUCCGGAAUGCUUCACUUGCAUGAGCUGUGACAUGUUCAUUGGCGACGGUGACGCGUACACGCUCGUCGAACACACCACGCUCUACUGCGGUCACUGUUUCUGUCGAGGUGUGGUGUCAGCCGGGAGCUCGGCUUCCCCGCUCACCAAAAGUCACCACAUGGUGGCGCUGGUGUCUUUCCCACCCCACGCAGGUGGCCGACGCGGUCUGACUGUGGCAACUGACCUCAGUCAAGACAUAAGCCCGACUGUUACUGUGACAGAGCUAGACUCAGCCUGCCUUAGCCCAGACCUGCUCUCCUCGGUUCACACUGGGGACCGAGUUCUUGAGGUUAACGGCAUUCCUGUAUGCAACAUAUCUUCAGAUGAGAUAGACUGUGUGAUUCAGGACACAAGCAGACCACUGCAGCUGACCAUUGAACACAACCCCCAGCUGCCUAACGACGUCCAUCACUCAACAACCCCCCAGGACCUCGACUGUCCCGACUCCUGUGUGCACAACAAACUUGCCUCAACCCAGAAACUCCCGAGUGUGGAGGAAGAGCCAAGUCCAGGGGAGGAGAUGAGAGAUGAACAAACUAGAAUGAACGUCUCGCCGCCUCAGCAACAAGGAGCCACAGGAAUGCGAUCCAGGCACAUCCUGCGCAGCUGCAGUAUAGACAAGUGUCCUCUGUCCCCUGGAGCACUGUCACUUUUAUCUCAGAGGAGAGACAUGGUUCGCUCCGAGUCUCUGCGUGCAGACCCUGGAGAGCGGACUCACCGCAUCUUCAGACCAUCAGAUCUCAUUCACGGAGAAGUCCUCGGCAAAGGCUGCUUCGGACAAGCGGUGAAGGUCACGCAUCAUGAGACAGGCGAGGUGAUGGUGAUGAAAGAGUUGAUCAGAUUUGAUGAAGAGACACAGAAGACUUUCUUGAAGGAGGUGAAGGUGAUGAGAUGUCUGGACCAUCCCAAUGUCCUCAAGUUCAUUGGACUGUUUUAUAAGGACAAACGGAUACACUUCAUCUCUGAAUACAUCCAGGGAGGAACUGUCAGAGAGACCAUUGUGAAAAUGGACAAGGACUUUUCCUGGAGUACAAGAGUGAGUUAUGCCAAAGACAUUGCUGCUGGAAUGGCCUAUCUACACUCCAUGAAUGUCAUCCACCGAGAUCUUAACUCACACAACUGCCUGGUCAGGGAGAACCAGUCAGUGGUGGUGGCAGAUUUUGGCCUCGCCAGGCUGGUGAUGGAGGAGAGGAAUCAGAGCAGGACCUCGUCUAUGGAGCGACCCGUGAAGGGGACGCUGACAGAGCUCCGCAGGCCUGAUCGCAGGAAGCGAUAUACUGUCGUUGGAAACCCCUACUGGAUGGCUCCUGAGAUGAUCCAUGGGAAAACGUACGAUGAACGGGUUGACGUCUUUUCCUUUGGUAUCAUGAUAUGUGAGAUAAUAGGGAGAGUGAACGCUGACCCCGACUACCUUCCCCGCACAAAUGACUUUGGCUUGAAUGUCAUCAGUUUCCUACAGCAGUACCACCAUCCUCAGUGCCCCUCGGCCUUCCUGCCAAUCGCCGUCCUCUGCUGCGACAUGGACGCUGAUAAACGUCCUUCCUUUUCAAAGCUGGAGGAGUGGCUGGAGAAUCUCCUCAUGCACCUGGACAUCGGUCUGCAUCUGCUCUCUGAGGUGGAUCAGCUGCGUAGAACCUUCUGGCAAAAUCCCAACCACCAAAACCACUGUGAAAACGCCCUGGAGAACACCUUACCAUCUCAUGAACUGUCCCACUGUCCACAGCCACAGAGCCAGAGUCCCGACUUGAAGCAAUGCUCGGACAGUGUGAAUAACCACGCAGAGCCCAAGUGUCUGCCUCAAAGCCAAGACCAAACCAGCACAGCUCACAAUCAUUUGAAUGGACAGCAACACACGCACGACAGUCACGAUGUGAGGACUGAGCAUGGAUGUUUGAACUACACACAAGACAUACCGCAGUGCUGCAGGUCUUUAAGUCCAGACGGAUCUCGAACCUGUGAAUGCAAUGACUCACCACUCCAGGACCAGCUCUUGCAACCACUGCAGGUCAACAGCUCGCUGACGGGACAAUCUCACACGCUCAGGCAGACGUGCAGUGUGCUGUGGGACAGGUCAACAGAGGACAGCUCUUUUCUCUGACUAAUUCAAUGGCACAGAGACACACAUAUCUGCAAAGCCCAUUUUCGGAGGCACACAACAUUUUCUUAACACAUUUGGUGCCUUUUAAAAGAACUGGAAGAGAACUGGAAACAUCAGAAGUACAGAUGUUCAUCUUAUAUAUAAUUCCUUGUGAAUUAUUAUUUAUAGUUUACUUAUUGACCAACAUCUACAGUAUGAUGACGUCAACAUAUUUGUAUCCACUUUCUCCAGAAACUGUGAAACACAUAGCACUUUAUCUGUCAUUUAUUUAUCUAGAUGUCGUAUGUUUUGUUCUCUUAAAAUGUUCAAGACCACCUCCAAUACAUUGAGCUGUGAAAACUACAACUUCGUUUUAACAACUAAGUUUUUAACUAGUUAGUUAACGUAAUAAAGGAAAAAAUAAAAUUACACUUAAAUCAC